AAAUCGUGUUUCACUUGUCUCGGAAGGUGACGUCUCUGGUCCCUGAGAGCUGCCUGCUGAUUUUGCUCGGACUGGUGCUUGGGGGCAUUGUUUUGGCUGUGGCCAAGAAAGCUGAGUACCAGCUGGAGCCAGGCACCUUCUUCCUCUUCUUGCUGCCUCCUAUCGUGCUCGACUCAGGCUAUUUCAUGCCUAGCCGGCUGUUCUUUGACAACCUGGGCGCCAUCCUCACCUAUGCUGUGGUGGGCACACUCUGGAAUACCUUCACAACAGGCACUGCCCUCUGGGGCCUGCAGCAGGCUGGACUUGUGGCCCCUAGAGUGCAGGCUGGCUUGCUGGAUUUCCUGCUGUUCGGGAGCCUCAUCUCAGCAGUGGACCCCGUGGCGGUGCUGGCUGUCUUCGAGGAGGUGCAUGUCAAUGAGACUCUCUUUAUCAUCGUCUUUGGCGAGUCUCUGCUUAAUGAUGCGGUCACCGUGGUGCUGUACAAGGUCUGCAACUCCUUCGUGGAGAUGGGCUCUGCCAACGUGCAGGCCACUGACUACCUGAAGGGAGUCGCCUCCUUGUUUGUGGUCAGUCUGGGCGGGGCAGCCGUGGGCUUAGUCUUUGCCUUCCUCCUGGCCCUGACCACACGCUUCACCAAGCGGGUCCGCAUCAUCGAGCCGCUGCUGGUCUUCCUCCUCGCCUACGCAGCCUACCUCACUGCUGAAAUGGCCUCGCUCUCCGCCAUUCUUGCGGUGACUGUGUGUGGCCUGGGCUGUAAGAAGUAUGUGGAAGCCAACAUCUCCCAUAAGUCCCGCACUGCUGUCAAGUACACAAUGAAGACCCUAGCCAGCUGUGCUGAGACCAUCAUUUUCAUGCUGCUUGGCAUCUCAGCCGUGGACUCUUCUAAGUGGGCCUGGGACUCUGGGCUGGUGCUGGGCACCCUCUUCUUCAUCCUGUUCUUCCGAGCCCUGGGUAUUGCUGGCAUGUUCUGCUUUCUCAGCCUCCUUCCUGCCCACCCUCCCAGCUCACCUCCCAAUCUGAGUCCCCAUCCUUAUCAAUUCCUAAGCCUCCCCUUGUUGCUCACCCCUCCCAGCCCCAUCAGACUUCAGCCCAGAUACUUGGUGCUGCCCACUCCCAGUGCCCUCUGCUCCCAAAGCCCUGCUCCCACUGGCCUCCUUCCUGCUGUAGGCGUAGUCAUGCAGACGUGGGUGCUGAAUCAGUUCCGGCUGGUCCCUUUGGACAAGAUUGACCAGGUGGUGAUGUCCUAUGGGGGCCUGCGGGGGGCUGUGGCCUUCGCUCUCGUCAUCCUCCUGGACAGGACCAAAGUCCCUGCCAAGGACUAUUUUGUGGCCACCACUAUUGUGGUGGUCUUCUUCACAGUCAUCGUGCAGGGCCUGACCAUCAAGCCACUGGUCAAGUGGUUGAAGGUGAAGAGGAGCGAGCAUUAUAAACCCACCCUGAACCAGGAACUGCAUGAGCACACUUUUGACCACAUUCUGGCUGCAGUGGAGGACGUUGUGGGGCACCAUGGCUAUCACUACUGGAGGGACAGGUGGGAGCAGUUUGACAAGAAGUACCUGAGUCAGCUGUUGAUGCGGCGGUCAGCCUACCGCAUCCGGGACCAGAUCUGGGAUGUGUACUACAGACUCAACAUCCGGGAUGCCAUCAGCUUCGUGGACCAGGGAGGCCACGUCUUGUCCUCCACCCGGCUCACUCUGCCCUCUAUGCCCAGCCGCAAUUCUGUGGCAGAGACCUCUGUCACCAACCUGCUGAGGGAAAGCGGCAGCGGAGCGUGUCUAGAUCUGCAGGUGAUUGACACAGUACGUAGUGGCCGCGACCGUGAGGAUGCUGUGAUGCACCAUCUGCUCUGUGGAGGCCUCUACAAACCUCGCCGCAGGUACAAAGCCAGCUGCAGCCGCCACUUCAUCUCGGAGGAUGCGCAGGAGCGCCAGGACAAGGAGGUUUUCCAGCAGAACAUGAAGCGGCGGCUGGAGUCCUUUAAGUCCACCAAGCACAACAUCUGCUUCACCAAGAGCAAGCCACGACCCCGCAAGGCCAGCCGCAAAAAGAAGGAUGGUGUGGCUAACACUGAGGCUACAAAUGGGAAACCUCCUCGAGACCUGGGCUUCCAGGACACAGCUGCUGUGAUCUUAACCGUGGAGUCUGAGGAGGAGGAGGAGAGUGACAGUUCGGAGACAGAGAAGGAGGACGACGAGGGAAUCAUCUUUGUGGCUCGGGCCACCAGCGAGGUUCUCCAAGAGGGCAAGGUCUCAGGGAGCCUUGAGGUGUGCCCAAGCCCACGCAUCAUCCCCCCCUCCCCAACCUGUGCAGAGAAGGAGCUACCCUGGAAGAGUGGGCAGGGGGACCUGGCAGUCUACGUGUCCUCAGAAACCACCAAGAUUGUACCCGUGGACAUGCAGACAGGCUGGAACCAGAGCAUCUCAUCCCUGGAGAGCCUGGCAUCCCCGCCCUGUACCCAGGCCCCCACUAUGACCCGCCUGCCUCCCUGCCCACUGGCUGCUGAAGAGCCCCAAGCCCCUCUCAACCUGCUUUCUGAUCCACGCCUUAGCUUUGCCUUUCCCCCGAGCCUGGCCAAGGCUGGCCGCUCUCGCAGUGAAAGCAGCGCUGACAUCCCCCAGCGACAGGAGCUGCAGCCCCUCAUGGGACAUGGGGACCACACUCACCUUAGCCCAGGCACGGCCAAUUCGCAUUGGUGCAUCCAGCUCAAUAGAGGCGGCCGGCUGUAGCCCAGGGACCCAGGGAGGAGCCCCCAUAGGAAGUGUUCCCUGCAUAAUGGGCAGAGGAGCCCACUCAGCCUGACAUGGGGGGCCUGGACUGAAGUAGCAACUGGGCUCCCUUGGGGCUGGUCCUCACAGGGACCCUUUUCACCGCUCUCUCUGCUCCCAACUCCUGCCACCUUCCCUUUCAGUAAUGCCCUUACCCUGGCAAAAGACCCAGUCCAGAGCUUCUAGGGCCUAGCCCCUGAGAUGUGGGUAGCUGAUGCCUCUUCCCCAGUGGGUCCUCUUUGGGUCACUCUAGGCAGUUGUUCCUACCCCUAAAGCAAGGGCAUCAUUCCUCAGCUGACGCUGGCCUUUCCUGCCCUCCACCCAUUCCCCAGCACCAGCUCAAGGACAGUGUCCUGGCGGUAAGGCUCCAAGGCACUGGACCAGUGAGGGGCUGGUUCUCAGAGGGAUUGGGGUGGGAGGUGCAGGAGGCCUGAACCUUGGGCUAUGCUGCCCUGUUGGGUCAGCUACCCAUAGCCAAUUUGUUUAGGGCACUGGGAAUCUGUCUCUACUUCUUGCUUUAUCUCCUUCCCUUUGCUGCCAGUAAUUGAGGCAACUGUUCCUCUUUUCCAGGACUAAGGCCACAGGGCUGGGCCAAGCUUCAGAUCAGGGCUGCUUCUCAGCUGGGGUCACUCUGGGAUCUGCUGCUCUGUGUCCAAGUCUGGACCUUUCAGAUCCUUGGGUCUGAGUUUUCUCAGGAGGGUAGAUGGUAGCCUCUGGGCUCCCAUAUUAUCAUCUUGUUAUUUCCCAAACAGGAAAGGAGCCAGGUAUUCCAGGGCCACUGCUUCAUUGCUCUGGGGGCUGACUGGGAGGCAAGUGACUUUCCUGAGGUUAGCACCUGUCUUGUAUUUUUGUACCUUGAACGUAAGAUACAUUAAA